AGGCUCUAUAAUUUGCUUUGAACCAGGUGAGCAAAGCCAGCGUAAGCACCCGGAAUCCAUUCGGACUUGGAAGAUAAAUGGAGGUUUGUGCAUUCGGGAGUGGGUUUAUCCAUGUCCUUAUCCCUCCGUCGCCCAUUGCUUAUCCACCUUCUUAUCCGACCAGACUCAAGAACUCUCUUCUCAUCUCUGCAACUACUGCUCUCUCAGAGUCUCGCGCUGAACCUUCCAACGUUUCUACCGCGUCCCACAACUUUCACCCAAUUUCCUACGCAAGAAGACAAGCCAUUGUUAUUGAAAUUCAACAGUCUUCCGACUUGGAUUCUGCUCUUUCCAGGUCAGGAAGGAUGCUGAAGGUGCAAGAUUUGAAUGCUCUUUUGCGCCAUUAUGGGAAAUUAGACAGAUGGCAGGAUCUUUCUCAGCUCUUUGAGUGGAUGGAAAGGCAUGGAAAGAUAAGCAUCGCCUCUUAUAGCAGUUACAUAAAGUUAAUGGGGAAAAGCAUCAAUCCAGCUAAGGCCUUAGAAAUUUACAAUAGCAUAGAAGAUAAAUCAAUCAGAAAUAAUGUCAUCGUCUGCAAUUCUGUUCUCGGUUGUUUGAUCAAGAAUAACAAGUUUGAGAGCGGCAUCAAAUUAUUUAAUCAAAUGAAGCGGAGUGGUAUAAGACCAGAUGCUGUUACGUACAGUACGCUACUUGCAGGCUGCAUGAAAGUCGAACAUGGAUACUCUAAGGCACUAGAGCUGGUUCAGGAGCUGGAAUAUAAUGGGCUGCGCAUGGAUAGUGUGAUAUAUGGCACUCUUUUAGCCGUUUGUGCUUCAAAUAAUCGAUCAAAGGAGGCAGAGUGCUACUUUCAACAAAUGAAGGAUGAGGGUCACACUCCUAAUGUUUUCCACUACAGCUCUUUGCUCAAUGCUUACUCUACAGAUGGAAACUACAGAAAAGCUGAAGCAUUGAUUGAAGAAAUGAAAUCUGAGGGGUUAGUACCAAAUAAGGUUAUUUUGACAACAUUAUUGAAGGUAUAUGUUAGAGGGGGUUUGUUUGAAAAAUCAAGAAAGCUAUUAACUGAACUGGAAACUUUGGGCUAUGCUGAAGAAGAGAUGCCAUACUGUUUAUUGAUGGAUGGCCUUUCUAAGGCUGGGCAUGUACAUGAAGCUAAAUCAAUUUUUUAUGAAAUGAAGCAAAAACAUGUGAAAUCGGAUGGCUAUUCCCAUUGUAUCAUGAUUUCAGCAUUUUGCCGAGGGAAGCUCUUUGAGGAGGCAAAACAAUUGGCUGAGGAAUUUGAAACCAUGUAUUACAAAUAUGAUGUGGUUACAUUGAAUACAAUGCUCUGUGCCUUCUGCAGAGCAGGUGAGAUGGAGUGUGUGAUGCGAACGCUGAGGAAAAUGGAUGAGUUGGCAAUUACUCCUGAUAGGAAAACCUUCCAUAUUCUAGCUAAGUAUUUCUGCAAGGAGAAGUUGUACCUACUUGCUUAUCAGACCUUGGCUGACAUGCACAGUAAAGGGCACCAACUAGAGGAGGAACUUUGUUCCUCCUUAAUUUUUCAUCUUGGUAAAAGUGGCUCUCAUUCUGAAGCAUUUUCUGUUUACAAUAUGUUGAGAUACAGCAAGAGAACAAUGUGUAAGGCUCUCCAUGAGAAGAUUCUACACAUUCUUAUAGCAGGGAGGCUUCUCAAAGAUGCAUAUGUUGUAGUCAAAGACAAUGCAGGGUUGAUCUCUCUGGCUGCUAUCAAGAAGUUUGUUACUGCAUUUGUAAAGUUUGGCAAUAUUAAUUUGAUAAAUGAUGUAAUUAAGGCUGUCCACAGUUCUGGCUAUAAAAUUGAUCAGAAACCAUUUCAGAUGGCCACAACACGUUAUAUUGCACACCCUGAAAAGAAGGAAUUGCUUCUCCAGUUGCUGCAGUGGAUGCCUGGCCAAGGCUAUCUUGUUGAUUCAUCCACAAGAAACCUAAUCCUCAAGAACUCGCACUUAUUUGGUCGCCAACUCGUUGCUGAGGUAUUAUCCAAACAACAUAAGAUAUCAAAAGCAUUGAGAUCUCAUCAGAUGAAGGGUCAAUGAAAUUGGAAGCAAAAAAGUUGCCAGUGAAGCCAUUUUCUUGUAAGAUAAAGAGUGGUUUGAUGCUUAUUGAAUUCCAAGCAUGACACUGACAAUGAAACUGGUCUGUCUCAGUUUCGCUUCUGUAAUGUUAGAAUUUAUUGUUAUUAAAACCCUAUCUUUUAUCAGGUUUCAGUAAACUGAUUCAAAUGGGCAGCCGGAGGAUUGGAUGAUUUGGAGUAUGAUGCAUAUAAUGUGAUUAAAAAUGCUCCUCUAAAAAACAUGUGUAUGCAUUUUGUAAGUGAUACUGAUCAUAUGAUUUAUAAAUGAAGCCACAGUUUUUAACA